CCUACGAGUACGAAGUUUGGGCAAGAUCCAUCUCGCUUCAAUUUAUUCACUCAUCACUGAUCACCGUCGCCGUUGCUCAUCAACGAAGGAGCAUGCACGGUGCUGCAACUUCUUCUCGAACGCAGAUCGCUGCCAGGAUUUCCAAUCACAACGGAUCAUUCGAGAUUCACGUAGAUGGAGCACGACACUGGCUUCACCUGCUCGCGGCACUUGCCCGUGCUGAUCUAGGAAAUACUCAACCCUCCCCUGUCCUCGCCUGGCCAUACUUGCGCUACUACCGCCUAAUCCCGUCCAUUCGUUACGCUUUCUGGAGCCUCGGCAUGCGGCCAAGUACCCCGUGUAAACGUGCUCUUUUUCAGUUUCCCCACCGCCGUCUUGCCCAUCCUCCGCGCGCAAUAUCAUUUUCGCGAUGCGGAAAGACCUACGAUCACACGCGAAUUCCACCCCCGCCCCUCCUUUCCCAUGGACCCAUCCCCUCCCGACAAAGAGCGGGCCUUGCCAACCCCUCAGUUCUUUUGCGCGCACUUGGCACCGCGCAGCACUGCGCGGCUCCGCACCGCAAUCACGGCAACGCUCAUCCACCCCAUCCAGGCUUUCUUCCGCCACCGCGCCUCGGUACCUCAUCACGUACCUCAUUUCCCGCCUCUCUUCUCUCCGAUAGAGCCGUGCCUCUCUCUCACUGACACGCUUUUAAUAUAUUUUUUUCCUUCUAUCCUGUUCUUUCUCUCGCGCUCUCUCUCUUUCCGUCGGACGCCGAG